AUGGACCGACGCACUUACCUGAUUCUCUUUAUCGGGGCUUUGGCAUCUAUCCAUCAAACCAGCGCAGGAUGGAACCCCGAGCAGCCUCCUAACUGGACUGUUGGCUAUUAUUGCUCAGAUUUAAGUUCGAGCAGCAGGGUCUGCUUUACGACAGACGUCGAUGUCUCGAAGCCGAAAGCCGGCUCCAACUUUGAGGGGAUGCUGUCUGCAGAUGGCAAGAGCUUCGUAAUCUACGCUGGUCGUGAUGAGGCUGCUCUGCUGCUACUCGAUGAUUUUACCAUCAGAACUAAAUUCGACGUCCCAGGGAGCGAUGAAUCGCAGCGAUGUGCUGAUGGAAGCGUCGCGCUCAGCAGUGGUCGACUGAUCGAUACAACCACGUUCUGCAACGGAACCAGUUACUGGCUCCAUGUUCCUGCGAUUCCAAAGUGA